AUGUCGUUUGAACACAGGUUCUCAUCUCCAUCUGAUCAGAGUAGUCAAAUAGCUAGCUCCGGUCAAAACACUGCGACAGCAUCUCGCCCUAUAACGGCGACAAGCAGUUCCACCGCAAACGGCUAUCAUUAUAAUGUUCCGAGCAGGCGCUCAUCUCUGUCUACGGCACCUUACACUAUUCCAGUUAAGAGUUCCACUAGUAUGCCACCAGGAUCACAAAGGUUAUCAUCAUCGUAUAGUGGCACUACCGGUCAGUACUCGAUAAGCCCGGGGAACUUGGGUUCAUCACCUCACACAGGAGGCCCAAUUCAUAGUCAUCUUCACCAACAACAGUCCCAACAAUCUCAUUUAGGCAGUUCAGUUCCUAUGCUAAGUAGAGAAUUUGUGGUGCGGCGUAUAUCAGAAGGUGAAACUGGACGUUUGAAAGAAGAACUAAAAUGUGAAGCUUGUGGUAAGGGAUACAAACAUAUUUCCUCACUGGCAAAACAUCUUUGGGAACAUACACCGGAAUGGAAUAUGACUAAAAAGUUGCUUAUUAGUAAGCAUCAACAAGUCCAGUUGCUAGAAGCCGCAAGUAUUCUUUGCAGCAUGACCGAAAACGGCUCGGAAAGUGGAGGUUUCAGAUCUCGUUCGCAAUCAUUAAGCACUCCUUCUCCUGUCUACCCCCCAGCUACCUCAUAUUCUCAAUCUAAUCAACGACCCCAACAAUCUCAUUACUCGCCACACUCAAAGCUACCUGCUAAUUCGCCUCCCCUGCAAUCUCUAUCAUCUUUGAAUAAUGUUAGCAGUUUCCGUGAGCAACCUACAGAAGAAACCAAUGGUUUUCGUGAGAUAGAGAAAGAACCGCUAAUUUCUCGAUCACCGGAUAAUCAAAUUGAAAAUAACACCUCAAAGUCUCCUUUGUCAAUAGAGGAACAUGUGGAGGGAACUUCUACCAAUUUGACUCUGACAACACCAAAUUCAAAUUCAUACUUGCACUCUAAUCUAAGUCAGUCACUUAGUGGGACAACAGCAAAAGUACCAGUAUAUACGACCACGUUACGGAAAAACUCAUUGUCACAAUAUCCUCCUUCAUCGUUGUCAACGUCUGUCUCAAGCACCCCACGGAAAAGUAUGUUAUGUCAAAAGCCCACAAGGUCCGAUGAAGUGGACGCCAAAUAUGGAAAGGAUGGUUUGAUGGCACCAAAAACAGAAGAAUCCACAUCAUUUAGCGGCGAAAGCGAUAAUGAAAGUGAAGAUAAUCAUUAUGGCAAGGAAUUUGUGCCAAGAGAUAACCGAGAAGAAGACGAAAAGAUUUUCGGAGAUUUAGAGGAUUAA